AUUUCCCAUUUAUUUCCGGUCUUUGCUUAGCCAUUUCCCCUAUAUCGACUGCUGUCGAGCUAUCGAGGUCUUCUAGCGGACGUGAUUUGUAGCAAGCUAACGACGAUGAGCGAGCCGCGGCAAGAUAUGAAGAUCCUGUCCUCUGACGAGAUCGCGACCCAUAAUAGCAGGGACAGCUGCUGGAUUAUCGUUCAUGGCAAAGUGUACGAUGUCACCGAAUUCCUUGACGAUCACCCAGGUGGAAGCAAAAUAAUCCUGAAGUACGCCGGAAAGGACGCAACUAAAGAAUAUGAUCCAAUUCAUCCGCCGGACGCGAUUACUACGCACCUUCCACCGUCAAAGCACCUUGGGGUCGUUGAUCCUUCUUCCUCUAAAGCUGUACCUGUGGAAGAAACGGAAGAAGAAAAGCUGCAUAAGCAACUUCUGGCUUCCGUCCCACCUCUUUCGAGUAUUCUCAAUCUACACGACUUUGAGAGCAUCGCUCGACGAGUCCUACCACCACGCGCUUGGGCGUAUUAUAGCAGCGCUGCAGACGACGAGAUAACACUUCGAGAAAACCGGGGUGCUUAUCUUCGCAUUUGGUUCCGUCCACAGAUCCUGGUCGAUGUGGAGAGGGUUGAUUUUUCGACGACAAUCCUUGGCCAUCGGUCCAGUAUGCCAAUCUACAUUACCGCUACUGCACUCGGCAAGUUAGGUCACCCGGACGGGGAACUUAACCUUACACGCGGUGCCGCAAGACAUGGCGUCAUCCAGAUGAUCCCGACUCUUGCAUCUUGUUCUUUUGACCAAAUUGUCGAUGCGGCAGAACCUGGUCAGGUGCAAUUUAUGCAAUUGUACGUGAAUAAAGACCGCAAAGUUACGGAACGCAUCGUACGUCAUGCCGAAGAGCGGGGAGUGAAGGGUCUCUUUAUCACCGUUGAUGCGCCACAGCUGGGUAGGCGCGAGAAGGAUAUGCGAAUGAAAUUUGACGAUGAGGGUGCAAGUGUGCAGAAGGGCGAUUCGUCAGUAGAUCGUAAUCAAGGUGCUGCGCGAGCCAUAAGCUCCUUCAUAGAUCCCUCACUUUCAUGGAAGGAUAUCCCAUGGUUCCAAAGCAUAACCAAAAUGCCUAUAAUUUUGAAGGGUGUUCAACGAUGGGAAGACGCUUUACGUGCAUACGAUACGGGAUGCGCAGGAAUAGUUCUAUCAAAUCACGGUGGUCGACAACUCGACACAGCACCAUCUGGAAUUGAGAUCCUCGUUUCUGUUGUAGAUGCCUUCAAGAGAAAACGAGGAAUCGUAUUCCCGUUGAAAGAUAGGAAGUUCCAGAUUUUCGUAGAUGGAGGUGUUAGACGAGCUUCGGAUGUCUUAAAAGCGAUUGCUUUGGGGGCGACAGCUGUGGGUAUCGGACGACCAUUCUUGUAUGCAUACUCAGCAUACGGUGUUGACGGUGUCGAUAAAGCAUUAUCCAUCUUGAAGGACGAGUUCGGAAUGAACAUGCGCUUACUGGGUGCACCCACGACCGCAGAUGUUAGUCCCGAAAUGGUCGACGCGAGCGACAUCCAUACGCAUAUUGUCUCGGUACCAAGCGAUCGGUUGUAUGACGCCAACUACGAGGGCAUACAAGGUGCGGUACUACGUGAGGCGAAGCACGACGUGAAACAGUCGACGCUUGCGAAAUUAUGAGAUCCUGGCUCUAACGACUUUAUGCUCUGUAACACACGACUACAACGGAGAUCUGAUUCUUCGUUUAUCCGUAUGAAUUUGCUUCUUUAUUGGAUAGAAUUGAAUUACAU